CUUCAUUACCGCUUCAACCACCUCUCCUUAUUAUUCUCUCCAAUUAUCGCGGGAAAACCCCAUGGAAUGAUUCUCCAUCUAUCAAUUCACAUAAAUUAGGCGCGCAACGCUACAAACCGAGCGAAACAUUCGCGCGUACUACAAAGUGCUCGCAACUCAGCUCGAGCCUCCAGUUCACUACCGUGUUACUGUGCCUCUCUCUCUACGCCUCCGCUUCCAUACCUCCAUCAUCCCCUCUUUCUUGUCCGCAUACAAACUAUCGUCACCGGCGCAAUGGCUGAACAGCUCGCGCAACCCCAUACCGACACCAACGGUGUCCAAGGUGUCGGCAAUGGCCCUCAAGUCCUCAGUACCUCCCAAAACCUCGAGUGUCUCGUGGGUCCGCUCCUCAACUAUCGCCAUAUGGAGAAUGGGGAGUGGCACGGCAGCGUUCUCAUCGUCACCACCCCAGGCCAGCGAGACCCACAGCUCACUUUGACCUUUGCUGGCGCUGUUGGUGCUACCCAGGAGGAAGCCGCUGCAAACAUUGGCGCACGCACCGUUGUCGCCGAGAAACUGUACGAGGACACUGUGAAGGGUUUCUGGCGCUUCAAGCUCGAUGUUCCAUUCCAGGCGUUUGAGGCGCGUUGGCAAUAUGAGAUCCAGGGCAUGAUCUACAAAGACCAAAACAAGACAACCAAACCUCAGUUCUUCGUCGUUCCGUCGACUUCGCAAUCCAUGCGCAUUCUCUUCCACUCGUGCAACGGGUUCAGUGUUGGUACCGAUGUGGACGCGUGGUCCGGACCGGCGCUGUGGAACGACGUGAACCGCAUGCACCAGCAGAAACCAUUUCACGUUAUGCUCGGCGGAGGUGACCAGAUCUACAAUGAUGGCGUGCGUGUCGAUGGCCCUCUCAAGCCAUGGACAGCCAUUGGCAACCCCCACAAGCGUCGCGAAUUUCCAUUCGGUGAAAAGAUGCGUGAUGAGUGCGAUGAAUACUAUUUCAACAACUAUGUGAGGUGGUAUGGACAGGCGCCGUUCUCGGAUGCCAAUGGGCAGAUUGCUCAAGUCAAUAUCUGGGACGACCACGACAUCAUCGAUGGGUUCGGUUCCUACACCGACCACUUUAUGAAGUGUGCCGUUUUCCGCGGAAUCGGGGGUGUCGCGCACAAGUACUAUCUUCUCUUCCAGCAUCACCAGGCCCCACCCAAAAGCACCUUUACUACAGACGCCCCAGCGACUACCAUGGCCGGGCCAGACGGGACCGGACCUGACCCCGCACAGCUUAAAGAGGCCUUUGUCAAGGUUGAUGAUUUAGACGAUCCCUCAUUUAUUGUUGGACACAAGCCAGGGCCUUACGUCGAGGAACGCAGUCGAAGCAUAUACUGUCAGCUUGGUGCUCGAAUCGCCUUCUGUGGAAUCGAUGCCAGAACCGAGCGUACUCGCCAUCAAAUCAAUUACCCUGAGACGUACAAGAUCAUCUUCGAUCGGUUGAAUAAGGAAUUUGCUGCGAACCCCAAUAUCAAGCAUUUGGUGUUAUUGUUAGGCGUACCAAUCGCGUACCCGCGUCUUCAAUGGCUCGAAAACAUCUUGUCUUCUCCGCUCAUUGGACCUAUCAAGUUUUUGAAUAAGCGAUUCGGAUUGGCAGGUGGUUUCUUCAACCAAUUCGAUGGCAAGGCCGAUCUUUUAGAUGAUUUGGAUGAUCAUUACACUGCGCAUCAGCACAAGACGGAGCGUCGGGAACUCAUUCAUUACUUGCAGAAGCUCUCCCAGGAGCAUUCCGUGCGUGUCACCAUCUUGGGAGGUGACGUCCAUCUUGCCGCAAUCGGUCGCUUCUACUCGAAUCCCAAGCUCGGUAUUCCGGCAGAAAAGGACCACCGCUACAUGCCCAACGUCAUCAGCUCAGCCAUUACCAACAAGCCUCCACCCCAGGCCGUGGCAAAUCUGCUCGCCAAGCGGAACAAGAUCCACCACUUGGACCACGAUACCGACGAGACUCUUCUCGAAAUGUUUGAUCGCGACCCUGGCCACGCCGACAAGGCCAACGGAGCUACCAACGGUGGCACGAACGGCUCAGUCGAUGUGGACGUGAAGAAAAAGACAUCAGAUGCCAACCAUGCCACUAUGCCCUCGCGCAACUACGCCAUCAUCUGCGAAUCCCAUGACAAUGCCACCGCCACGACCUCCGCCGCGCCUCCUGCCCCCGUCGACGCUCCUACAGCUACCAACGGCGAUGUGGCACAGCCAGCGCAGACUUCCUCCCCUCCGGAUCGAAAGGGGAACACGAGGAAGCCUAUCCACAUUGGCGAGCAGGGCGCCGGUACAGGACACCCCGCUGCUGGUGGGUUACAGGCGACAGGAUUGUGCGGACUCUACGGCCUCGAUGUCUCUCUUAGAGUCGAGAUUAGUCCUCAAGACCGCGAGGGACGCACCGAUGGGUACGGAUUCAGUAUUCCCGCGCUCGAGAUGGGUGCUUAG